AUGGAAUCCACCACGCCUUUCAAGGAGAGCUAUGAACUUGGAUACGCUCAAAUCCAACUGCGAAAUCUCACCUUUCCCUUCGCUCGUGACAAAGAACUGGCCGCUGUUGAUUGCCUAGCAGCCAUCUUCAAGGAAAGGUGUGAUCCGGAUGCCAUGGAAAACCAAAUUCCUGUCUUUGUGUCACCAAGUGAGCUUGCUCUUAUACUCACGCAAACACCAGGGAUCGAGUUGGAGACUUUGGCUCAUGGUCAGCCUCCUUUUCCGCGGCUAAAGCCGACUGGAAAUGUGCGUUGUUUACAUGGUAGACAACGUUAUGAAGCAGCCAUGCGGAAUUUCGGACCUGAAAAGUGGUGGAGUGUGCGAAUAUUUCGUAUACCGGAGGGAAGCGAUCCGGAGAUUUUGCUCUUACGUCACAUUGAUCAUAGCUCUCAUCAGAUGAAGCUUUCUGAUGGCGACGUAUUUCGCCAUGUCUUUGCAUGCCGACGAAUGCGCCAGCGUGAAAACGAGAAUUACUGGCACCUGCACUUGUCUAAAGACAAGAAAGGGGCUCUCAAGAGGAUACUGGAAGAUGAAGUAAUGUCUGAACUGUUGUACGAGUUAACGGAUUACCCUGGUCUUCGCAAUGGCUGGCAACUUGGCAACAUAGAUAAGCACUUUGCUGACAGGUGCCCUGAAGAAAUAUACAAUUAUCUGCGCCACAUCAAAGAGACCUGGAGAAAAAUUACCCUGAAUAAUUCGGAUGUACGUAUGGCAACUGAUAAUGAAACCGUCAAAGAGCUUACACUCCUAUGCCCGUCCGCAAGCUAUGCCGACAACGAUAAGGUACGGCUUCUCAUGCGAUCUGGAAAGCUUUUCGGCAGCAUUUCAGAUUCUCAUCUACGCGGACAAAUUGAGCAGCAGCUGCUCGGGAUAGGCGUAGUUAUUCCAAGCAUUGAGACCUUUCACGGCAACAUGAAGUAUUUGAGAGUUGGUAUGCGCAUACUCCGGGACCAUCUUCUGGAUGGUCGCCCACUGGGCAAACAUGAAACUGUGGCUCAAGCAAUGCAAGAAAUAUGGCAACCAAGGGAGACUUUGAUAGAAGAAGCGGAACAUCAAUUCUAUCCAAUAACUUGUUCCCCAAGCUUCUCUUUGGCUUUUCAGGCACUUUUUAUAUCGGCUUUGAGAAACUUUCCGCAUCUGUCUGCCGAAAGACCAAUUGUGCAGCAUGGGAUCCAGCCAAUCCAUGCAGGCACUGACGAGUCAACACUAAAGAGGUUUUUACUACACGCGCAAGCUCAAGGAUUUAAUUCUAGUACAAUUGAGUCUAAGUUGCGUUCUAUUUCGACUACUACUCUGCUACCUGUUCCCAACCAAAGCUUUCCCUGCAAAUCUCAAGAGAGUGUUGUAAAAAGGCGAUGUGGUCGACCCUUGACAUGCUCGUAUCGCUAUAUAGCAAACAAUUUAUUUCUGCCAAGAAUGCUCAGGGAGAACGAGAUUUGCUUGUACCCUAGCACUAUGUUUGUGCAAUGCGAUUUCAUGCGUUCCUUUUUUGCCGGGUUUCCUAAGGAGAACAGCGUCAUAGACCAAGACACGAUACUCAGAGCACAUGACCUACAUUUGAGCUCCACGAGCACUCCAGCAGCGUCCGUCGAAAUACAACAGCAAUCUGCGAUUACGGACCUUGAAGGAUUAGAUGUCUCAUACAGCCAAUUGGGCUCAGAUUCUGCCGUGAUUUCUGCCGCACAGUCUGCUCUGAAUCGAAGGCGUAUGCGGCAGCCACAAUCCGAAAGCCCGCGGUCCAUCCUCGUCCCGGAUGUUCAACAAGCAUCGUCUCCGAGCAAUUGUUCGUCGCUUGACUUGACGGAUUGUCCACUUAAUGAGGACGGUUCUACUCCCAGCUUCGGUACACCUCCCGGAAGAACUGUAACUACCUCUAUCGGCAGCCAAUUGACGCAAGAUUCAGCAACAACAGGUCGUACGAUGAUCUCACCGGGGGACAUAAUGGAGUACAUGAGAAUUGAUAAGGUUGGAAACAUGUAA